GUGAGCCCACCUGAAUGGCGCCAAUCAGAAACCGCAACACAGAUAUUUAACGCACGCAAACAAGUCCUCCUUCAUCUUCUCUUCUCUCUGUAAAGAAAUUCAAGAUUCCCAUUUCCCUGGGAUUUCCGCCGAGUGAUCGUGAGAACCGAUCGGAACUUGAAUAUUCAGACAAUGAUGGCGUCGUGGAAUUCGAUUCCGCCGGAGAUCACAUACACAGUUCUGGGGUGGUUGACUUUCACGUUUUGGGCCGUCGGCUUCUACCCUCAAGUGUUCUUGAAUUUCCGUCGAAAAAGGCACGUAUGUAUGUGAUCAUUUCCUUCACUUCAAUUCCGAUAAUUCAUAUUAAUUUGAAGUGGUUGUUCACGGCGGCGGCGUACUGAUGCUGAUUAGUGUUGUGGGGCUGAGCAUCGAUUUUGUGGUGCUGAAUUGGACGAAACACUCGUCGUAUCUCACUUACAACGCCACUCUUUACUUCAGCUCCGCCGUUCAGAAAUAGUACUUUGAAAAGUACGGUUUCGGAGAGGAAACAAGAACUAUCUUCCAGACGCCUUAACAAGAGAAUUAGCCAUGUUCAGCAAAAGAAAUGAUGACGACGACGAAGGUCGCAAUCCCAGAAGCAGAAGAGCUGGGAAAGAACAUGAAACCAAUGAGGAUCCCAAAGAAAAAAUCCUCAAGAGAUUCCUGCUAAGUCCAAAAGGCUUAGCCACAACUGAUCAAUCCCAGGGUAAAGGAUUGACUAGCCCGUCUCAAACGGCAGACGGUAAAGGCUCAUCAAGACCGUUGACGGCUGUUGCUUUGCCAAAAAGCAAACCUACUCCAACUGGAGUAAUAAAUGUUUUCAAUUAUGAACUUUGGACUUUUGAUACUUCUGUGUUCAGAACUGGUAGGAGAUUAGCUUACCACCAGAAGGCAAUUCUGGAUAAUCUUCUAUUUGCCUUUCAGGAAAGAAGCAGUGGGCUAAUGUUUCCAGCUCUCUUUGCAUUAGCUGAAGAACUAUAUGAGAACGCAAGACCACAGUUCGAAGAAUUACAGCAGAGUGCUGUCAAGAAAGAAAAAAUUCACUUCCUAGAAGAUCCUGAAAGUGCUAGGGUCCCUAUCAUGGCACUCACUGAAACAGACUGGCAUAAAUUCCACCAUAUAAUAGGAAGGCACAAUUCAGAAGACCUUGUUCCUCCAACCCUCUUUAUCAUAGCGGGACCAUAUGUUGGAAGAUACCUGGUAAAUGUUCAAAGUGAACAUCCACAAGAACACAAGCUUUGGCUUGUUGAAAAUGGUUUUGUCCAUAAUCUAUGGACCAAAACUAAUGAUGAUCUAAAAGGCUUGCCCCCCAUCAUCGUCAAUACAGUCAAGAAUGUUAGAAGAACAGACUGUACGCUUCGUCUGAAGUUUAGAUCCACUCCUCCAGAAUGGAUACAACAAGCAAAUGGUGAGGUUGAAUAUAUUGCUCCAUAUCACUAUGUGAGAAUUAUUUCAAGACAAUAUCUGCAACCUGCCUGUGUUGGGUAUAAUGGCCAACCAAACUCUAGCAUCCCAUGGAUGAAGGCCAUGGCUCUAGAAUACAUAAAGAAGAUCAUCUCCGAAGACCUCAGCAAUACCUUCCUGGCAGCAGGAGAGAAGAUUAUUAUCACUGCUUACGAUCAUCCUGACGUAGUCAGCAGUGACCUAUUCCUAUCUCUCACCAGAAAAGAGAUAGACUCAACAAUGGCAUGCAUACAGUGGAUGGACAAACUUGAAAACGACAACCACUACAAAAUGUAUGUUGACACAGACGUAGAAGAUAAUGCUACAACAGUAAGGAUGGCACAAACUGACAAUAACUCAUUUGUCUUUGGCCACCACUCAGAGACUGAUGACAACAUGUAGCAGCUGAUGAAAGAAAAAAGCAUCAAAACAAAAAAGCAACUGUUCCUUUUUUUCAAAAGAUACUUUUGGUUUUCAGAAAAAAAGAAGGUGAAAAACAUUUCACCCAAAAGCUUUUGCUUUUCCCUGUCCGACCUCCAUCAUCAGGAGCACUCAGAAAAGCAGAAGAUCACGGAGUUAUCCUGUACAUUGUUAUGUUUUGAAUUCUAGUUUGAGUUCCGCUCUCUAUAUAAAGAGCUUGAGUUUCAUUUGUAGGGCAUCAGAAAAUUGAGUAGAAGAGUCUUCACUCAAGAAGUAAGAAAGCCAUAGUUGCAGUGUGAUUUUCUCUUCACAGUGUGAAUCAGUGUGCUUUUAAUUUCAAGUAAGUACUUUACUUAGUCUUAUGGAUAACUAAACAGUCUUGACUGUUUACCUGAGACUGAGGCUCUGAACUUUAUGCAUGUAUUCUAUUUGAAUUAAUAAUAUCAGAUGCCCAUCUGUUUUAUCCAAUUAACAUUAGCUAUCUCUAUCUAGCUAUCAUUAUCUUUAAGUUUCUUUCAUGCAUCCUGUUGAAACCUCUCUCUUUCAUACGUGAAUCCUACUUUGAUCUGAAGUUUUAAAUUCUCCUGUUAUUUAAACGAAACCAAAUUUUUGCUCAUGAUUAAGACAAGCAGCAGUGAUUCCGCCUGUUAAAGUAACCGCUAGGCAGGGAGCCGUUAGGUGAAAAACUUAGGCAUGUUGAAGGCUAGAUUUGUUUUCUUUCAGAAAGCUUAAAAGGAAAUUUAUAAGGAUAACAGUUGAAUCAGAAACACAGGAUCCUAUAGGAUACUGUCUCUUUUAGUCUUUUCCUAAGAGAAUAGUAAGAUACCUUAGUACUUGUGCAAAUGGGCAUAAUACGUUAGAUUUCUGGGCAAACGGGAAAUAGCCCAUUUUUCUAAGUGAGCAUGAAUUGUUUAACGAAUGAUCUAGCCUGUGUAUCACCGUGGUGUUUACAUCACAACUUCUUGACUAUCUGUACAUGGUAGCGGAAGGAUAUGUAAUGGUCAUUUUGGCCUUACCGUAUUAAUGAAAUCUAUCUGAUUAUUUGUCAAAAAAAAUGUAAAGACAGACGGAAUGAGUAAUUUGUUUGAUGAGAUAUAGGAUGAUGCCAUUGGCGCCUUUUAUAAAUUAAAAACCAUGACUAAAUAAAGCCUUCAUAUCCCUUUCAAAAAAAAAAAAAAAAAAAAGCCUUCAUAUCCAUUA